AUGACUUCUCUUUCCUGCCACAUCUUCAAGCUUAGCCAGCACAACGACCGCGAUUCCCCUCGGAGGACAAGCAACCGAUUCCAACUCCUAGCCGACAUGCCCGAUAACGACUUGGACGGCGGCGCCGUGGACGCUCCCAAGAAGCAGCGCUCCUCGCGCACCGCCCCCGAAGCCAAGCGCGCAGGAAAUACGCCAAGCGGUCCGCGCUACCUGGGUGACGAAGACUACUACGAGUCCUGGCAAGAGACCAUCGUCGCAAGCUAUGACCCCCAUCUCGAGGUGAUGCUCCCCGGCGACCUCACCCUCGACAACCUCCCACGCCCAGUCCCCGCCUUCACCGUUAGGACGAAGACGAAGUCUACCAAGCGGGAACGGCCCGUGGUAGUAGACGACGAUGACUGGGAUCUCGUGUCAAAUGCGUCCGACGAGUCGUUUUGCAUGGUAUAA